CACCUAAGCAGGUAUAUACUGCACUGUAUGCGUUUCACACGGGAUGUGGCUGAUCCGAGUGUUUUGGACACUGUUCGGAGUGUUCACCAUCGACAUGACGCACAACAAGUUCCAAUACGCGUACUCGGCUUUGCUGAUGGCCACAUGCGUGUACAAUUUCGCGAACGCGUCUCAGGUCAUAUGCAAACUGGACCACUGGUGCAUCACAUUCUCGUCGACGCUGACAGGCGUGUACGACAGAGUGUUGUCGUCCACUGCGUUUUUGUCUCGGAUCGCCGUCGUGUACGAAUGCGAGCCGAACAUGUCCAGGUAUCGGGCGACCAUCAAGGCGUUCGAGGCGUAUUCGCCACCGUCGCCCGCGGAGCUCCGGCGACACGGGGCGUUUUCACUGACCGUGGUCGCCACGUGCCUGGCCGUCAUCGUGCCCAGCAACGCGAUCAGCAUGUACUAUUUGUGCCGGUACGAGCCCAAUUCGGACGCGUCGCUGUUCGUCUACCACUUGUUCAUGUACGUCCAGAACCUGAGCAUGUGUUGCAUCGAGACGCAGUUCGUCGUGCAAUGUUUCAAGGUGUACACCAAGUUUCGCGGCAUCAAUGACGAUCUGAGGAGGCUGAGGGACGAAAACGUCAACCGCUCCGAGUAUCCGUUUAUGUCCCCCACGGGUUCGUCGUCAUCGUCGUCGCCGCUACCACCGUCGCAAUGCCAUUUGCAACAGUCGUCGUCCGCUAUCAUUUAUGACAAAGACUUUGAUCAUUCGCAGUUUGCAAGUCAGCCGACGGCCAACGCAGUCGAGAUGCUGAGGAUCAAACACUGGCUCAUUCGCCAAUCAAUAGAUGCGCUCAAUAAUCUGUUCGGCGUACACAUGGGACUGUCGGUGUUCUAUCUGUGGCUCAUGGCCCUGUUCGAUAUUUACUACGAAAUGUUCGACAACUCUCGGUCGGAACUACUGGUCUACUGUUGGUUACUACAAUACACGCUGAGACUGUUAAUGAUCAUAUUGAUGGCGCACUUCACGACGAAACAGGCACUUGAAGCGAAAUCGCUUAUCACGGAUACCAACAACGGAAUUAUGGACAGUAGCACCAAAGAAGAGUUACAGUUAUUCAUAAAUCAAAUAUGUAGUUCCUCAACAGAAUUUAAUGCCUACGAUUUCUUCACGUUGAACACACAAGUCAUAAAAUCGGCUAUUGCUGCUGGUGCUACAUGUCUUGUUAUUUUGGUACAAUUUCACUCUGGGAAAAAUUGAAUUAAUUCAAAUCAAGAUAUCUACAUAUUUAAUAUACACAAAAUACCCGUGACAACAAAUUAUAGUUAAUACCU